AUGAUCAUUACAACAUGGAUUAUGUACAUCUUUGCCCGGAAAGGUGUAGGGCUACCCUUCCCACCAAAGACGAACUCGGACAUUGAAGUUGAGGAAAGUGAGGCUGUAUCCGUGGUGCAGCACUGGUUGAACAAAACAGAAGAAGAGGCUGCUCAGAACAUAAAGGAGAAGAUAUCCACCAGCGCCCCCCCCACUCAUGGACAUGACAUCCAUGUGACCAGAGAUGUGGUGAAACACAAUCUCUCCAAGUCUGACAUGUUAGCAGACCCUAAUCGAGAAGUCCUGGAGGAGAGAACGCGAAUCCAGUUCAUAAGAUGGAGCCACACCCGAAUCUUCCAAGUGCCGAGCGAGGUGAUAGAUGACAUCAUACAGGAACGGCUAGAUCAAGUGAGACGAAGCAUAUCCCAUCUCACGUGUGACUCACACGAUGACUCAAGCUUCAGAACUACUUGCUCAGAAUGUUAAGGUUGAAGGCCUCCAGGAUCAAUGAACAGCCUCUGUCCAAAGAGUGUCCACCACAUGUUUGAUGAGACUUUCACAAAGAGACUCUAGAGGCUAAGCCCUUGGUUAACACCGUGACAAUGCUGGAAUCUUCUUACUUAA